AUGUCGAGACAACAGUCGGGACUGGCAUGUGAGGAAUGCCGCAGACGAAAGGCACGCUGUGAUCGAAUGCGCCCACAGUGCGGUAUCUGCGUCGAGACUGGCAGAACAUGCAUUGUGGUGAGCAAGAGAUCUCCAAGGGGACCGAAAAAAGGUCAAUUGAAGGACUUGUGGUCCAGAGUGAGCAAGUCAGACCUAUUUUCGGCAAUGCUAGAGCAACGAUUGACCGACAACGGCGUCUCUGAGGUCGACCUCUCACUGGAGUCCAAUGAAGCAAACCCAGAGCGAGACACGUCGGAAGAGUUGGGGUUGUACGAAGACAUCGUGAUGGGUAUGAAUACGGAAACGUUACAAAUGUCGGAUAUCACUCCCAGUGAAAUACCUCCAGGGUUAGAUUGGCCAUUUGGAUUGAAUGAUGGCGGUGGUAAGGAGUGGCCGGGGUUGGGGGAUGUAGGCGUGGUGCCCAAUAUGAGCAACAUGACACUCCCAAUAACGGCCAUCUCGACAUCCCACACUGCAAUGUCGAUAUCUGGAUGUGAUGGAGAGCUAGAGAUGUCCGAUCUCACGCAAGCGGAUCUGGAUCUUCUAUACUUCGAACGAGUUCAUUCAAUCGCUCCCAUGAUCCAUAAACAACGCUAUUUUGCAUGGGCUAGCGACCCCAGCGUCUCACCUGCCCGUUGCUGCCUACGCUCUGCAAUGAGAACCGUCGCUGCUGCAAUGUCAUCUCAGUUUUGCAUGUUCACAGAUGCCCUUUACGCCAGAACUCGCCGCCUACUCGAGGCACCAAGCGUCGGUGAUACCGGCUUGCCUUGGAUGACUCGAACCAGAGACCCCCAUGGCCUAGUCGAGCACGAGCGCAUCCAAGCCUGGCUUUUGCUCUCCUAUUGCGAGUUUCUACGAAAGCCAGAGCAACAGGCCCAUCUCACAGCCGAACGCACUUUGCGGCUUCUGCAGCUGUCGCGCCUAGCUGAUCUGGAUGUUCACGAUGGCAAUGGCUCAGCCAUUGGGCACUCAACUUCUUGUUCCCCAAAGUUCUCGCCUGUUCCACAAUUAUUAGCAGAUGAGGCCUGGGUAGAGACCGAAGAAAAGCGACGAACACUUUGGGCGGCAUUUGUACUCGACCGGUUAGCUAGCAUGCUGAACGACCGCCCGGUAAUGCUACACGAAGAGAUAAUCUGCACUCGCCUGCCAAUGCCAGAGGAAGAUUUUCAAACUGGCCACCAGCCUACCCGCAUGGGAUUUCUGCUCGAGACCAUGAGCAACGCCGAGGAUUGCGCAUCCCUACCUUCCUUUGCCAAAUGUGUCAUUCUGGCGAAUCUUUUUGGACGAUGCGUGGCACACCGCCGCCUAGCCCAGUCGGUUCCUCUCUGUGCCUCCGAGACAGAAUCAAAAGACUUCUGGAUGCGACACGAGUCACUCGCAGCAGUAGCGGCGGUGAUAACACAGGCGAGACCGAUAUCCCCGGUGAACAAUGUUGGCGUGUCUUCAACCCCAAAAUGUGACCCUAUGGAUGCCUUCAAUCGGAUCCUGACGUGCAAUGCAUAUAUAUCGCUCAGUGAAACGGCCGAAGAAAAGCCGCGGCGAACGAUUGAGGACCAGAUGCAAGCUUUGAAAUAUAAACAGCUUGCAUAUCAAGUCGCGCUGGACGCAGUUGCGCUUAUUCAAAACGCACCUCGGAUUGCUUUCUUAAAGAACCAUCCCUUCCUUCCAAACGCAAUAUCGCUGCUUGUCAAAUUUCUCAACGCCACAGCGCCCCAUCCUACCAGCACGGACCAAAUGGAAUAUGGCGGCGUUAACAGCUUACUUGUAGCUUUGGGAUAUCUCAGCGAUGUCAAUAAUCUGGCACGGGAGGUUUUGUUAAAACUGAAUGUCGAUCUGGGAGCU